ACCACGUCCACGCCAGCUAUCAACAUUAACGUUUAUAUUUCUUUCAGUCUCCCGCUGCUGUUUCUCCUUUGCAUCAGAUAUCAAAUAAAAUCCAAAGGACUCGUCUCCCAAUGGCUGGUGUUUCCUGGAGCCCAUCGGCCAGCCAUGGGUCAAACCUAACCACCACUCUCCAUAUUGCACAACAAGCGCCCCCCAUUCUGAACCGGCAAUCGCUAGGAAAAACCGCCAUUCGGUCAUCUAUUCUAAGUCAUGAGGGCCCCGAUACCUUUGACGUAUUAGAGAAGCUCUUUUUAUCCUGCAUGCAAUCGGCCGAUGAUAAAUCAGCUUUGUUAUGUCUUGAACGCCUGACACAGCGCUUUGGGGUGUCUAAUGAAAGAAUAAUGGCCCUGCGUGGUAUGUACGAGGAGGCAGUUUCGGACAACAGCGCUGGCCUGGAGCGGUGCCUUGACAAAUACGAUGCGAUUCUCUCGGAAAAUCCGGUUAAUUUGCCAAUCUUAAAGCGCCGUAUUGCUCUUUUGCGAUCGCUAUCCAAGCCUACGGAUGCGAUAUCUAGUCUAGUCCAAUUGCUUGAUGCCUCGCCAACAGAUGCCGAGGCUUGGUGUGAACUUGCGGAUCUAUACCAAUCCCAGGGCAUGAGCCCGCAAGCAAUCUUCAGCCUGGAAGAGGCUCUUUUGAUUGUACCGCAUGCAUGGAAUGUCCAUGCCCGCUUAGGGGAAGUUUUAUAUAUCUACGCCUGCUCCUUGGAUUCAGAUGCUAUGCAGCGACCAUUAGAGAGGUCCAUUCACUACUUUUGCAGAAGUGUUGAACUUUGCGACGAUUACCUUAGAGGUUUCUAUGGCUUAGCUAUGGCUACCUCACUAUCCUUGGAUAAUGUAACCCCAGAAGUCUCCCAAGAAACUAUCAGGCGCCUGCGUGAAUUAGCCCGGAGGAGACUUAGGGAUAUCAUAACAAAACAGUAUUCUCUGGAUCCACAUUUCCGUGGAUAUGGAGAAGAUGAACUGUCAGCUGUAAAAGAGUUCCUCGGUAGCUCUACGGAUUGACACUCAUAGCACUAUUAACAUUUCCUUUUUACCUGGGAUAGGCUAUCGCACCGUGUUGCGGAUAUAACUUGAAUGAUCAAAACAACUUCCACUAGCCAAUUUCAAGGACCCAUAACAUUCCCCUGAAAUAAUAAUUUCACCUUCACACGAAUCUUAAAGGAACAAAUAUAAUAAUAUUUUGAUC